AUGAAGAAUCCUACUCUUUCUCUGACUCCUCUUAUGGAACGUCGGACUCUGCAAGACCAAUACUGCACCCUCCAAUACCGCGCAAAAGACCCGGUUACUCUGAUACACACCUUUAUCAAGCCCAUUGAAAUAAAGCUCCCAGAGGGUGAGCUGCUGCCGAGACCACCACAGUGGGAGAGAUUUCCCUUUCUCAAGCGAUAUUACGGCGGUAUAAAGACGUUAGUGCCAAGACAGAAUAAUGUGCCUGAAUACCCUGGCGAGGAAGUCGACGAAAAAGUGAAGAGCGGUAAAGGCUUGCCCACAGAGGAUAAGAAGAAACGGGAUUCUCAGCUCUCCAGUUUCAUCUUUGAUCCAUAUCCAAAUUAUACCUCCCCAGAAUACAUCGCUAGAUACGGCAGUAAAAAGGAUUGUUUUCUCGACACGGCUGGAAAGGUCUCGGUCCCAUAUGUCCGCCAUUACAAUGGUGUCCCGAAGGGAUUUCCAGACGCCAUAAUUGGUUCGAAUGAGUUGCUCGGAAUCAAAGACGACAUUUGCUUCGAUCGAUUCGGGAGGUUAGGUCCUUACGGCUUGGGAUAUGGUUCCAGAUCUGGGGGCAGUGGUGCCGGACUUGAGGGUGACAGGUCUGGGAUAGAAUCUGUUUGGGAAGACGUCCCUCCUGUCGAUUUUCGGGGUAUCCAAUGGGCAGAGGUUCAAGACCGUUGUGUUUCCGCGAACCGACACCGUUUUCCAAAACCAUCCAAACCGAGAGUUGACUCUUUCCGGACGCUUCCACUUGCAAAACGACCCGAGGGUGAUCAAAAGGGAACUGAGACGGUUCCCGCUAAUGUCACGAUUGGAACCGACCGUCUUCCUCGGGUUGCAUUUAUCAUUCGCACGUGGCACGAUUUCAAGUAUAACAAGGAGUCCAUCAUGUACUUACGGUCGUUGAUAUCCGAACUUUCUUUGGUAUCUGGCGGAGAAUAUAUGGUACAUUUCCUUAUCCAUGUACGGGACGACAAUCUUCAAAUUUGGGCCGACGACGAAACAUACAAUCGUGUUUUGGAAAACGCCCUUCCCAAGGAAUUUUGGGGGAUGGGGAGUCUGUGGUCGGAAAGACAGAUGGGACUUAUUUAUGGUGGGCUUGAGGACGCGUUCGUUCGAGGUCUACCAGUUCAUGGUGUUUACAGGAGCGCAUUCAUGCCACUACAAUACUUUGCUCAUCAGCAUCCGGACUACGACUUUUACUGGAACUGGGAGAUGGAUAUACGGUACACAGGGCAUUGGUAUCACCUACUCCAUAAAAUCUCGGAAUGGUCAAAACAGCAGCCACGCAAAGGGUUAUGGGAGCGAAAUUCACGAUUCUAUGUUCCCAAUGUCCACGGAUCGUGGGAAGAUUUCCGACAAAUGGUCCGUGUACAGACUGAAAUUGGAACGAAUAAUCCGCACAAUAUGUGGAGCGCGUUAAGGAAAGAUCAGAAAAAGGGCUACCGACCAUCAGAGCUCCAACCGGAUAAGCCGAUCUGGGGGCCCGAAAGACCUCCGGCAGAACAAGAUAUCCUCGAGGUGGGCGGUGAAGGGAUACCGCCAACGACAUACGAGAAAGAUAAGUACGAAUGGGGCGUAGGCGAGGACGCUGACCUCAUUGUUUUAAACCCACUGUACGAUCCCGAAGGAACAACCUGGCUUCUGAAAGAUGAUGUCACCGGGUACAACAGGAGCCACGAGUAUCCACCGCGACGAACGUCGAUCAUAACAGCAUCUCGUCUUUCACGCAAAUUACUACAUACAAUGCAUCGUGAAACUACCAUAAAGCGACACACCAUGUUCUCGGAAAUGUGGCCCGCCACAACAUGUCUUCACCACGGUUUCAAAGCCGUGUACGCCCCCCACGCUGUCUACAUAGACCGACGGUGGCCACCGGUGUACCUGGAGUCUAUUUUCAAUGGAGGCAGGAAUGGAGCCAGCGGUGGUUCACGAAUGUCAGUCUUCGGGGACCGCGAGCAUAACUUUCAAGGUACGACAUGGUUCUACUCGGCGGGACAUGCCCUAAACCUCUGGAACCGAUGGCUUGGGUAUAAAGUGAACAAUGACGGCGGUGAAGACUUUGAGCUCGCUAACGAGGGGCGCAUGUGCCUUCCACCGAUGCUGUUUCAUCCGAUAAAGGAAGUGAGUUUGACCAUUGACAGCAGUUGACCCGUGACCACAAAUCGGAGCUGGUGUACAUGGAUUGUUGAUGUUUCGGAAAAUGCUUUCCGAUCUAUAAGUUUUCUGCACUUCUUCUGUUCUGUUUUAAAAUUCCCAACGAAUGCUCCGUGUUCAGUGCUUCUCACUUUAGUCAGCGCCGUGGGAUUUCGCCUUCUCGAAAGUCGAAAUCCACGAUCCACAGAACUUAAAAGAUUUGAGAUCAGAUCCCGGCUGGAUCAUUUUCUGUGGCGAAACUAUUUUCUUUACCAAGCAAGAGGGCUUGGGGAUAAGGCUAUGCAUUCCAUGGUUUCACUGUAACUCGAUUAUGCACAGUUUUUAUACAUCCGAGCCAAAGGCGUGGCGAUGGGCAUAUGUGUUUCUUUUUUUAGGGUCCUGGUGUUAUGGGGGAAUCAUCAUUCUGCGGUAUGCAUCAAGGAGUUUAUGUGGCCAU